AUUAGGGGCAAGGUGGGCAGAAUCAUUAAAGAGUGGCAAUUCUAAACAUCACUCCCGCAUGGGAGAUCAAAGUACCGCCUUGGUGGCCUAGAGUCCAUCUGCCAUACCGGAAGCUUCGAAAGCAAAACCAGAUAGUUCCCAGUUAUGAUCUUCUGCACACUCCAAAACCAUAUUGCUCUAGUUUAAAAGCCUAACCAGAUGUUUAAGCUUGUAUUAUGUAUAAGAUUUUUUUCCUUUUAAGCAAAGAACAUCUAAGAGUUGUUUUUUUCUUUUCUAGACCUGAAAAAAAAACAAAGAAGAAAAAGGAAAAAGAAAUACGCGUUGGAUUCUUUCAACUGUUUCGCUUUGCGACAACAACUGACAUUAUUAUGAUGGUCAUUGGCAGUGUGUGUUCCUUAGUUCAUGGAGCAGCUCAACCUUUAAUGCUUUUCAUCUAUGGUCUAAUGACUGAUACGUUUAUAGCAUUUGAGAAGGAAACUCAAGCACUUAAUGAUCCAAACAAAAUAUGUGUCAAUGGUAGCAUUGGCUGGAAAAAUGGAUCAGAAUAUUUAUAUGACAAUGAGACGCUGUCCUGUGGAAUAAACAUAGAAGUGGAGAUGACUCAGUUUGCAUAUUACUAUGUUGCGAUUGGUGUUAUUGUGCUGGUGCUCAGCUAUUUCCAGAUUUCAUUAUGGGUUAUUGCUGCAGCUCGUCAAAUACAAAUUAUCCGUAAAGAAUAUUUCAGGAAGAUAAUGAGACUGGAAAUUGGUUGGUUUGACUGCAAUUCUGUUGGUGAACUGAACACAAGAAUUUCAGAUGACAUUAACAAAAUUAACCAUGCCAUUGCCGAUCAGGUUGCAAUCUUCAUUGAGCGGAUUUCUACAUUUGUCUUUGGAUUCCUAAUCGGCUUUAUUGGUAACUGGAAACUAACUCUUGUGAUUGUUGCAGUCAGUCCUCUUAUCGGUUUAGGAGCAGGAUUAAUGGCACUGGCUGUGGGAAAACUCACAGGAAGAGAGCUACAAGCUUAUGCCAAAGCUGGUUCCGUGGCUGACGAAGUUCUUUCUUCCAUUCGAACUGUAGCUGCCUUUGGUGGAGAGAAAAAGGAGACUGAACGGUAUGACAAUAACCUAGUUGAAGCACAGACCUGGGGUAUUAGGAAAGGCACCAUUAUUGGAUUUUUCCAAGGUUAUAUGUGGUUCAUUAUUUUUCUAUGCUAUGCGCUAGCAUUUUGGUAUGGAUCCAAAUUGGUGACGGAAACAAAAGAACUUUCACCAGGAAGUCUUCUGCAGGUAUUUUUUGGUGUUUUGGUUGCGGCCAUGAAUCUGGGCCAAGCUUCUCCUUGUUUAGAAGCUUUUGCUUCUGGUCGGGCGGCUGCUACAACUAUAUACGAAACAAUAGAAAAGAAUCCAGUAAUUGAUUGUAUGUCUGAUGAAGGCCAUAAGCUUGACCAAGUCAAGGGUGUUAUUGAGUUCCAUGAUGUGAAUUUCCACUAUCCCUCAAGGCCAGAUAUAAAGAUUUUACAGGAUCUCAACAUUGCUGUUAAACCAGGAGAAACCACAGCCUUUGUUGGGGCGAGUGGUUCUGGGAAAAGUUCAGCCAUUCAACUAAUACAAAGGUUUUAUGACCCUACUGAUGGGAAGGUGACUUUAGAUGGCCAUGACAUCCGUACACUUAACAUUCAAUGGUUGCGUUCUUUAAUGGGAGUUGUUGAACAAGAACCUGUUUUAUUUGCCACUACAAUUGCUGAGAACAUUCGUUAUGGAAGAGACAAAGUAACCAUGGAUGAUAUUAUCAAUGCAACAAAGGAGGCCAAUGCUUACAACUUCAUAAUGGAUUUACCACAGAAAUUUGACACGCUUGUUGGUGAAGGUGGAGGCCAGAUGAGUGGCGGCCAGAAGCAAAGAAUUGCAAUUGCUCGUGCCCUGGUCAGAAAUCCAAAGAUUCUGCUUCUAGAUAUGGCCACAUCAGCUCUGGAUAAUGAGAGUGAAGCUGUUGUACAACAGGCACUCGAUAAGGUACGCAUUGGAAGAACGACAAUCUCCAUUGCUCAUCGCCUUUCCACGGUCAGAAAUGCAGAUAUAAUCGUUGGAUUUGACAACGGACAAGCUGUAGAAAAAGGGACACAUGAAGAACUUCUGAAGUUAAAGGGAGUUUAUUUUACUUUGGUCACUCUUCAAAGCCAACAAAACACCCCAGAAGAUGCUGCUGUUGGCAAAGAUAUAGUUGCAGAGAAACAGAGAACCUUCAGCAGAGGAAGUUAUCAGACAAGUUUCAGGAACACAUUGCGCCUUCGUUCAAAAUCCCAGCUCUCAAAUAUGUUCCCUGAUGCAGUUUCUGGUAACUUAAGUGUUAUGCUACCAAGUGGCCUGGAUGAUGCAGAAGACCAAGACGAUUCAAUAGUUUCUAAGAAGAAAGAGAAGAAAAGCAUGAAAAAACCCAAAACAUCUGUUGUUGCUAGGGUUUUGAAAUACAACGCACCAGAAUGGCCGUAUCUUCUAUCUGGGUCACUAGGGGCUGCUGUUAAUGGAACUUUGAGCCCACUGUAUGCUGUUUUGUUCAGCCAGAUUCUAGGGACAUUUUCACUACCAGACGAAGCUGAGCAAAGAAGACAAAUUAAUGGAAUUUGUCUCCUCUUUGUCAUCAUUGCAAUAGUAUCAUUGUUUACUCAGUUCCUACAGGGAUAUGCUUUUGCCAAGUCUGGAGAACUGCUUACAAGACGUUUAAGGAGGCUAGGUUUCCAAUCCAUGCUGGGCCAGGAAAUUGGUUGGUUUGAUGAUAACAACAACAGCCCAGGAGCAUUAACCACAAGACUUGCCACGGAUGCCUCACAAGUUCAAGGGGCUACCGGUUCUCAGAUUGGAAUGAUUGUGAAUUCGCUGACAAAUAUUGGAGCUGCUCUAAUAAUUGCAUUUUACUUUAACUGGAAGCUGAGUUUAGUUGUGCUGUGUUUUCUGCCACUAAUUGGAUUUUCCGGAGCUAUCCAAGCUAAAAUGCUUACAGGAUUUGCAAAUCAGGACAAAAAAGCAUUAGAAGAUGCAGGGAAGGUGUCAAGCGAGGCCAUAAGUAACAUACGGACUGUUGCUGGACUAGGAAAGGAACCAAUGUUUGUGGAAAUGUACGAGAAGCAGCUGGAAAUGCCUUUCAAAGCAGCCAUUAAAAAAUCCCACGUAUACGGGGCAUGCUUCGGAUUUGCACAGUGUGUCAUUUUUAUGGCAUAUGCUGCUUCUUUCAGAUUUGGAGGCUAUUUAGUCAAUGUAGAUGGGAUCAACUAUACCAUAGUUUUCAGAGUGAUAGCUGCCAUAGUAACAAGCGGUACGGUUUUAGGAAGAGUUUCUUCAUACACCCCCGAUUACGCCAAAGCCAAAAUAGCAGCUGCUCAAUUCUUCAAGUUAUUAGACAGAGUCCCAAAGUCGAGCAUUUACAGCACUGAUGGAGAAAAAUGGGACAAUUUUAAAGGUGACCUAGAAUUUGUAAAUUGCAAAUUUACUUAUCCGAGUCGACCGGUUACUAUGGUUUUGCGUGGACUCAACGUCUCAGUAAAAUCCGGGCAAACUCUGGCUUUUGUUGGGAGUAGCGGCUGUGGAAAAAGCACAAGUGUUCAACUCCUGGAAAGAUUCUAUGACCCGGAUGAAGGGACGGUUCUUGUUGAUGGCCGCGCAACUACCAAUGUAAACAUAUCAUUUUUAAGAAGCAAAAUUGGAAUUGUCUCCCAGGAGCCAAUAUUAUUUGAAGGCAGCAUAGCAGACAACAUCAGAUACGGUGAUAACAACCGUGAUGUCUCAAUGGAAGAAGUUAUUGCAGCUGCAAAUAAAGCUUUUUUACAUGAAUUUGUCAUGUCUCUGCCUGACAAAUACGACACUAAUGUUGGCGUCCAAGGAUCCCAGCUUUCUCGGGGGCAGAAACAACGAAUUGCCAUAGCUCGGGCCAUUGUCAGAGAUCCAAAAAUUCUGCUCUUGGAUGAAGCUACUUCGGCUUUAGACACAGAAAGCGAACAGACUGUGCAGGCUGCCCUGGAUAAGGCUAGGCAAGGUCGCACUUGUAUCGCCAUUGCCCACCGUUUGUCCACCAUACAGAACUGUGAUAUUAUUGCUGUGAUGUCUCAAGGAGUAAUUAUUGAGAAGGGGUCGCAUGAAGAACUUAUGGCUUUGAGAGGUGCCUAUUAUAAACUAGUAACUACUGGUGCCUCUAUAAGCUAGACAUGGCUUGUACUGAAAUUCAGACAAAAUUGCAGAUACAUAUUUUUUUUACAUAAUUAGAAUGGAGAAAAUACAUAUAGUUGAUUAUGCUGGAUAUUCCCCUUGUUUCAGGUACCUGUAUACAAAACAUACAAUCUAACGCUGAUUUACAGCAACCCACCAGCUAUAUGUAAGAUCCUAAUUUCUCAGUCUACUUUUUUGUAUGACUAAAAUGCUACAGUCUUGUGAUACUGAGACAGAGCAUCAUCUGUAUAAGUGUGUAGAAAACGUGUUUCUACAGCAAGAAUGGUAAGAUGGAAAUCAAUAUGCUAGAUGAACCUGGGGACCUUGAAACCCAAGGAGCAUACUCAUCAACACAAAUUCUACUUUUAAGUCCCUAUGCUACAUCUAUAUUAAAGAAAAAGAACAAUUCUGAGCCAACUAAAUAUAAUUGACAUUACAUUUGUGUCUACACUAUUCAUGGUUAUUGCAGAGCACCAUUACACAUGAGUAAAGUGAGCAGGGUCUUUUUACAGACAAUUCAGCCCCCGACGACUUCCGUUAAAGCUUUGACAUGUGCUGUAUACUUUGUUAAUAAAACAUUUUAUUUACUAUUAA